UGUUUGCAUAUUGGACUUGGCCCCUCCUUCCUCCACUCUACGAUUUUUCUUCCCUUUUUACACUUCCAAGAACCUUCAUCUCCUUGUUUUUUUUUUCUCUUGGGUUGGACGAAAUUUCUUCUUCCUUGGAGUUAUUUGGUUACAAAAUGAAGUGGCCAAUUAGUCAUCAUGCUCCAAAACCCUGAUGAUCAAUUUUAGAUUUGUGAUUUUCAGAAAAUUACCAGAAAUUCUUAUAAAUUAUUCUGUGUAGUUUUAGCGUUUUCGGAGUAGUUUUUGUGCUUUGUUUUGUCCUUUUUUGUAUCAAUCAUGAAACCGCUUCAACCACCACCAGCCUCCGGCGCCGCCUCUUCCUCCUCAGCCCGCCCUCGCCGCCGCUCCGACCUCAGCCUCCCGUUGCCACAACGCGUCCCAGAUCGAGCUGUGCCUCUUCCUCUUCCUCUUCCUCUUCCCCCGACUUCCGCUCCGGCCUCCACCCCGACUUCGUUCGCCGAGCUUGAGCGGAUCAACCGCAUCGGUAGCGGCAGUGGUGGCACUGUCUACAAGGUCCGCCAUCUCCCUACUGGAAAAAUUUACGCCCUCAAGGUAAUCCACGGCACCCAUGACGAGUCUGUGCGCCACCAGAUCUGCCGGGAAAUCGAGAUCCUCCGGGGAGUAGACAAUCCAAACGUGGUUAAAUGCUACAACAUGUAUGAUCACAAUGGAGAAAUUCAAGUCCUACUUGAAUACGUUGACAAGGGUUCUCUCGAAAACAUUCACAUCCCACAUGAACCCUCUUUAUCUGAUCUCACCCGCCAAAUUCUCUCAGGCCUUUCCUACCUCCACAAGCGCAAAGUCGUUCAUCGCGACAUCAAACCCUCCAAUUUUCUGAUAAAUUCAAGGAGAACUGUUAAAAUUGCGGAUUUUGGGGUAUCCCGGAUUUUGGAUCAGACAAUGGAUGCUUGCAAUUCAUCAGUGGGCACCAUAGCUUACAUGAGCCCAGAAAGGAUCAACACAGAUCUGAAUCAUGGAAAAUAUGAUGGGUAUGCUGGGGAUAUAUGGAGCUUGGGAGUAAGCAUUCUUGAAUUUUACUUGGGCAGAUUUCCAUUUGCUGUUAGUAGAGGAGGAGAUUGGGCAAGCCUUAUGUGUGCAAUUUGUAUGUCGGAUCCUCCCGAAGCCCCUGCUACAGCUUCAUGGGAAUUUAGGAAUUUCAUUUCGUGCUGUCUUCAAAGGGAUCCUGCAAAAAGAUGGACCGCAGGGAGGCUUUUGAAGCAUCCGUUCAUUCUGCAGUAUGCCCCUCCAAGCAGUAACUCCAUUGCUAGCAAUCAGGUCCCUCAAUCUCAUCAGUUAUUACCUCCUCCUCCUCCACCCCACUUUUCCUCUUCUUGAUUGUUGCUUAGUUUUGGGAUUUUACCUUUUUUGCCUGGUUGGAUUAUGUAAUUUUAAUGGGAUUUUGAUAUUUAGGAGAAAAAAUUGGGGAGGUUCACAAUCAAUCAAAUACUUGUCUUCGAUAAUAAUGUUUAACCAGAAAAAGGAAUUCUUUUCUUAGAAAUUACCUUCAUGAUUGGGUUUUUAUGCUUGUCAAUUACUCAAAAGUUGAUAUUAUCUUGAAUUGGAUAGUUAUUGUGAUUAA